AGGCGGUUGGACGUACAUCCCUUAGUUGACGCUGAUGUGAGGGGCCUUAUUUUUCCAGAAAAAAAGAAAGAUGUCCGCGUUCGAGGGGCGAGAUGCAAGCAUCCACGAGAAUCUUGCUUAUCUCAAGGAACGCGAUCGUCGUAGAUGCGGAUGUUGUUGCUGAAUGUCUUCCCUGUCAUUUCAUUUCGCGAAAAUCAAGCAGACGAUUCUCGACAUCGACCUUCAGCAAAACGACGAAGAUAUCGUUUUGAAAUUGCACCGUAUCUGGACUGAUAUCAGCCAACUGCCCGCCUCUAUCCACGUGGACAUUAUGUUCCAGAAGGACCACGAGGAUUUAUACAGGAAAACCCUCGUGGUGAUCCUCUCUGUACAUUGGGACAAGAUACUUCUGAUCAAGAAGACUUUGAUCCUGACAGCCCUCGAGAGUUGCGCUAGCAAGCUCGAGAAAAAUUGUCCCGUAGCGGCCGAACGAUGCCGCAUAUUAAAUCGUUUAAUAAAAGAGCCGUGGUCCAACAAGCUGGUGGAAUUCCUGAACAGCACGGACAUGACGAAGGGUGAGGAGACGAAGCCAAACCCUCGUCAAUAUCCUUCAAUCAGCACGGAUAUUGCCAAAUAUAUCCGAUCAGAGCCUGUGGAAGUGCUGACCACGAGACUGGCCGUUCUCAUACGGCAAAAGUGCCAUAGUUUGGCCCUCAACCUUGUCCGGGUGUGCGUCAGGUGUGUGGGCGACACCAGCCCUGAGGAUGAAAGCCUCAUUCUCGACUACUAUGUCGGUCUCCUCUACAAAUUUAAGCUAGUGGAGGAGUUCGUCCAAGAGGUCCUGAAAAACCUCACGGUUGAAAAAGGCUUGGCGCUGCUUGAUCGGUACUCGCGCAACGAGACAAAGGCGCCGUCUGAUCUGCUCAAGCAGCAUGGCAUGAGACGUGCCAGCAAGACCAUCGUCAACCACCUGCUCUCCAUCGUCCUGCAGGAGAAGAAAGUGGUCAACUCUGAAGAGGGUCCGGUGUACCGCGUGACCCGGCAAUGGCUGCUUCUGCACAAGACGUGGGAGACGCCGGAAAACGAGAUGCUUGAGCAGAUCGGCAGGCUGGUCCAAUCGGCCAACUCGACUCUGCAUGUGUACCUGGUGUGCAAAGCAGUCCAAUCGGAGGUUGGUUUCACAUCUCAGCUGAACAGCGACAUGCUUCAGCAAAUAAUCAGGCGAAUGAACGAGAGCCACAACGAGGUGAAAAACCACAUCCAGACGCGAGAUAGCUUGCAGCAAGCGAGCGAGUCGGACGAAGGCCCAGAGGUGCAGGAAGAGCGUGAGAAGCUCAAGCGGCUGGUUGUCGAGGCGGAGCACCGCUUGGCGGAAGAGUUCGUGCUGCUGAGCCUACUGGUGCAGCACUGUGCGCCAGCAUACCGCGAGUGUCUGCUGACCGCCUUCUCACUGCGACCCACGCCCGAAGGCUUGGAAACCCUCGAGAGCAUCGCGCCCCCCGAAAGCUCGUCCGAAAAUGACAGCAUGCUAGCCCUCACUGGCGAUGACAUCGGCUGCACCAGCGACGUAUGCGACGAUCUGCUCAUCAUCCUCAGUUCUGCCAGGUGGCAGGUUCUCAAAUGGGACACUAAGUGGCAAGAUUUGAAGAACCUGUGCAUUGAGUACCUGAAGGAUCCCGAAAAGUCCAGAUACAAGAAGGAGAAGCUGGAAUAUGCUAAGAUUCCUGCUUAUCUGGACAUUAAAGAAAUAAAUGAAGACAGAAUGGCCCGCCGAAUCAGAUGGGAACAACAAGAAACAGACGCGAGUUGUAGCUCUGACGGUUUCUACUCUGACGGCGAGCCAAAACGCAAGAAAGUGCGAAUAUUUGAGUCUUCAGAAUGGUACGAUAUGCAAGAGGACACCGACAUAUGCGAAUCGACUGUAUAUAUGGUGAGCAGCAGCGGCAGCGAGGGUGAAGCCUCCCCCGAUCCGAUGAAGGUGCCGCAGCCAAAGUAUACGACGAACGUUCCAUCGAAAGGGUUGAUCCAGAUGACGAUAAUCGGUCCAAAGGAUUACGACAGCAAAGCAUCACUCCGGGCUCAAUUGUUGAGUUUGCAUCACUGCGGUGAAUCAGCGAGAGAAUGCGCUCCAAGUCUAGCGGGGCAAAACCUGCAGCCUAAGGUUGACGUCUCCUCAAGGUACAAGUCGUACAGUGCACUGAUGAAGAGCAUCACUUCGAUGGAUAACUUCCAGCCUGUGCCACUAAAUGCCACUGUACAGGUGGUUCAGGUUGGCCAAGGAGUGCCUCCUCCACAGACAAACACGUCGCCCCCAGUCAGUCAGCCACCCCCGGACCCCCCGCCAGCUCCUCAGCCGACUGCGAACGGCCCUCCGUCGAACGCAGCGCCCACUGAGCAGUUGCCUAAGUUUCAGCAGGUGUUUGGCAAAAACUUCCAGCAAGCGCAGCAGCAGCAACAGCCGCAGCAAACGCCGCUGCCGCAAGCUGCCCCCCAGCCGCCCCCCCAGCCGCCUCAGCCUCAAACCACUUCAGUCCAGUCGGCGAGCAGUGCCACUCAACAGACUGUACAGCCGCCGUCGAGAACGGUGACGAACCAGACAAACCUGCUGCGGAUGGCCACGCCGGUGCAAAUCACGCAGAGCAGCUUGGAGGCGCUAAUCCAGGCGCACCCGCAGCUCGCCUCGGCGCUGGCCGGCCGCGAGGGGCGCAUCAUGUGCUUUAAGCAGGGUUCCAACAUCAUCCUGACUGACCGGCUGCGGCCCGAGGUGCAGCCGGGCACGUCGGGGCUCAAGAGGCCCGUGAAGCGGCCCCCGGAGGCGGCGCCGGCGCCCACCAACAACAGCCAGUUGGAGAACGAGUUGCGCGAGUUCGACGCCGUGUUACGCAGCGUCAAGGAGCGCGACGGCAGCAGUGCCACCAGCAACAACAACAAUAACAACAACAACAACGGCGCCGGCACCAACAACAACAACGGAAGCAGUCGGCCCGAUCCGCCCCCGGCACCUGCCCCCACGUUCUCGCAGCCGCCCCCGCUGGCGUUCCCCAAGAGCAACCCAGCCGCCAAGACGGCGGCCAAGAAGCAGUCGCCGCCGGCCAAGACGACCGCUGCCCCGACCCCCGCUCCCGCCCCCGCGGCCCCCGCCGCCACUGCCACUGCCGCCCCCAAAGCGGCUGCGCCUGCCAAGACGCCGCCGAAGGCGUCCGUCGAGGACGAGCAGACGCAGAAGCGCAUUUAUGAGAUUCUCAGCGAAUACACGGAGCAGCUCCGGAACUCGCCCGACCUGAACAACAAGCCCGCCCCCCGGAGGCGGUCGAACCCGCCAACCAACCCCAGUCCGAAGCGCAAGAAGAAGAGCAAAGAAGCCGACGAACACGUGCCCAGUGAGGACAGCUCGAGCAACCUGGCGCAGGACAGCGAGGAGCACGACUCGAUCAGCGAGUCUGGCUCGUCUCUGCCCGCCGAAUCGCCUCCAGCGCCGCCCCCGGCCGCCGAGCCGCCUCCGCAGCCGGCCCCCACAGUGGCCAUCGCCAUUCCCGUCGCACAGUCCAAGCCGCUUGUACUGCAAAGACAAUUGAUGGUUGUAGGGAAAACGCCGGGCCAGAAGCUCUUUCGAGUGAUUCCAGCGCACAAUAGCAAUUUGCGCGCUCUGACCUCGGCGCCGACCCUGCUGCUGCAGCAGAUGUGUAAACCCGAACAGCUGAUCAACUUCCAGUCGGUGCGCAGCGUCAAAAUUCCCGUGAUGUCUUCGCAGUCGCUGUCCGGCGUGCCGGUCUCGGCGGGUCAGCAGUCGAUGGCGAUUCCGUUCGCCGGCCAGGGCAUCAAGAAGGAGAGCCAGGAAAACGCCGCCCUGAUAGAGUCCCUGCUUCAACAGGCAGAGGCCAUCAAGUCUGAGGUCGACGAGCACAUCAAGACCGAGCCAAGUGAAGAAGAGGAAGAAGACGAGGAUGAAGAGGAAGAAGUGGCAGGUCACGCGGCGUGCCAUUCGCCGGUGCCGGCGGACGUGAAGGUCGCCGCGUCAGCGCGGGCCAAGGUGUCGCAGCAGCAUCAGCAGCACCAGCCAACGGCCGUGGUGGCAGCGGCGGCGGUGGCCAAGUGCAUCAGCGUCGGCGGACACGAGAAGAAGCGGCGGCUGGUGCGGCAGGACAACAUGCAGAAAAGCCUGUCGGAGGAGUGCGAGGAUUUGGGAGUGGACGCGCCCAGCACCUCGGAGCUCUUCCCGGAUGCCGACCUGCCGUUCGAGCUGUCCAACAACAGCGACUCGAGCGUCUCCUACCUGGACGCGUGCCAGCAGCAGCACCAGCGGCGCCGCAACGGCGCCGAACUCAACGGCCGCGGCACCGACGAGGAGAGCAGCGCCGCCGGCGACGAGUCGCCGAAGCGGCGCAAACUGUGUCUCACGCGGCCGUUCGCGGCCCUCAAACGCCGCGAUGACGAGGCCGCCGACACGGACGGCUCGGGUGACGAGGCCGCCAAGGCCAAAAGAGCCGUCAAGCCGCGCUCCUCGUGCGCCUGCUGCGCCCCAGCCGCCGCCCCCGCCCCCAAGCCGGCCAAGAAGAUGAACGGCAAGGCCGGCAAGAAAAAGUGAACCGCCGCUCGGACCUGGCCUUUCGUUCUGUGAUUGUGUUGCCAUCUUUUAUUCAUUCCGUUCUACGCAGCACUGCAAAUGAGAAGUUUAUGAAUUUAUUAUAUUUUGUUGAUUUACUCAUAAACUGGCUGAAACGAAUUUUUAAUUUUCUCCUGCGUUGAAGCACAAGAAUAGUUUGUUAAAUCCAUUUCCAAGAGUUUAAUAACUUUACGUUAAUUGUUAUUGCCUGAAUCCACCAGUAAUCGCCAUUAAAUUUCCUCUUAAAAGCUGAAUUGAUUAACAUGCUGAGCUUAAAUAAUCUUUGUUUGGUUUUUUUUGUCUGUCUUUUUGCAGUGGAGAAGGCACUACUUAAUUGUUAUGUUCUAUAUUGAAAAAUGUAAAACCAAAUUUAAUAAUACUUUCCGCCCAGCUUAUGAUGGGGAUUUUUUGCAGGUUCAAUGAAUUUUGCGCUCAGCAUUUUGAAAUAAAUUUUUUCUGACCAAAUUUUUUUUUCAAUUGAAAUCAAAUUUAGCUACGCUUUAGGGAAAUUUUGAACACAAUUUGUUAUUGUUUCAUGAUUUUUGUCUAAAUUCAUUAGACAAAAGAGCUAUUUUUAUUCAAACUGGAAAUUAAUCUGCAAUUCAACACUCACAAUUUAACAACCUUAAAUCACACACCAAUCUAGAGAUCUGAAAUAGAGAUAAACGUUAAAAAAUUAGCUCCCAUAAGAAUCCCAUGCCCCUUUUAAAUCGCUCUUUAUUUUGAAGCCAAUUGGUUGGUGCCUACUUGAUGCUAAUGAGUUGGUUCAUCGAUUUAUCCUCGUGGAAACUCAUUAAAAGUCGGUUUAUUACAAUUAAAAACACAUAAAUCCGAGAAAACAGCAAAAAUUCCCUGCUUGAAAAACACACAGAUCUGUCAUCCAAUCAGUGUUGAAGAUUUUUCGAGUAGAGCCUUUGCUGCUGUUUCCAAUUUGCGUGUUUUUAAUUAAAAUAAAAUCAACUUUUAAUGUGCUUCAGCGGCUGGAACAACUCUUUAGCUGCUAGCAAAUACCAAACAAAGGACUGCAGAACAAAGAGAGCUUUACGAGAGGUGAAGCACAAAGGCGUUCUGCGACUGUUUGGACUCCACGCUUAUCUCUCUUUAAGUUCUCUGCUGAAACCUAGAAAAAAACCAAAGAAUUUUCAAACAAGGUGGAUUCAACUUGAUUUUUUCAAAGAUAAAAGAAUGGGUUGUUUUCCAGUAUGAAAUUUGGCUGUUGGGAGAGAAAACCCCAGCUGAAAAAUCAAAGCAAGAUUCGGUUGUGCUAGUCCAGUUGUUAAAACUUGUUGUUGGCAGUGCUGCAUUAUUCGUUUGUAGAUAUUCGCACUUUUACGUCAAAGACCGAUGCACCAAAGUCAGCGAUCGAUUGAGGUCAACUUCCGCGAUUGAGUGUGUAAAUAGCGCGUAUAAAUAUGAAUUCCACUGGGCCACGGGCAGUACAAAGUACUUAAAAAGCGUUGAUUGCUUGGAGCGGUGCGGGCGAGGAACUGUUUGGUGUUUCAUGUUCCGAUAGAUAUUGUUCUAGAUGCAUUCCUAGUCACAUUAUGAAUGUAUGACUGAUUAAUUGUUAAUUCUUAAAAUUGAUUCUUAAUUAUUAAUACUUUGGUGUAUUUACGCGCGAUGAAAACCAUGCAUUUCGUUUUUAAUGUUACUCAUAGGUUGAAAAGAAAAGAAAAUUAAAAGGCAGGCGAAAUUCCACGGAUGAGAAAAAGCUCAAUUUGCGCCUCGUGUCUCGUACAAAUUAUCUUUUAACUCUGAUUGCCAAACAAGCCGGUUUCUGUUCAGCAAAAAUGAGAAUUGAACAGCAGGCGAACAUUUCGAGCCGUUGCGAGUUUUUUAACAUUCCUGCACGAAGAGAAGUGCAGAUUCAAGUUACACGACUGUUUUUGACGUUUGUUAUUUUUCUAUAUUAUAUAUUGAUUGAUCUCUUUGUUGUCAUUAAAACAUUGCUUCCGAGUUGCGUCAAAAUUAUUCCAUUGUAAGGGAGCUUUAAAACCGAGAGAGUCACCCUAGGCAGAGGAUAAGUAAAUAAACUACACUCACGCACCUCUUACAUUUGCUGCUAAGGAAAGCUUUCAAAUUUGUAUAAACUCGUAAUAAUCAGUAGCGACUUAGCUGGAAAUUCGCCCCCGGGGAGAUUUGAGUUUGGUGUUUUUAUCAGCAGCGUUCCGCCCGCCCGGCCGGCACGACUGGCAGUCCCCCGAGCAUGAAAUGCAGUCGCUUUUGAUUCAAUUUUCGUUGCGAUUUGUGUAAAAAACGUUUUGGCUAAUGGUGUCCGGGCCGGGGCGAGCGGACGGCAUUGCAUCAAAAGAAAAGUCUAUUCACAGAAUUUUAAGAAUCGAAUGCUAUAUUAUAUGUCACAAACUCCUCCAAGCAGAUUGUGGACAAUUAAUUCAAUGCUCGCUCUCUCUCUCGAUCUCCAUCGACGCGUCGAGGAUUUUUGUUGUCUCUUCCUUUGUCUGUGCUGCGCCAUUUAAAAGAAAAAACAUUUCAAAUACUUGCUGUGUGAGUGUAUAAAACCUUCAACAAAAUCAUACACACUAGUGCGAAAAAAAACAGGUAAAGCAAAAAAGUUGUUAUGUCUAUGAAAUAUGAGUGUACAUAAUAAGUCAUUCAAUUGUUAAUUAUAUAUUAUAAUUACAUAUAAUAUAAAAUAAUAUGACUGAUGAUUGUCUCGAAACAACAACAACAACAACUUCUUCCUUUGUCUGCGAGCUGCUGUGUUUUGAUUAGCUUUUUUGUUGUUUAUUAUGUACGUAAUUUCGAUUCCUCCUUGAUGUGUUCCAGAUUCAGUACCGAAACAAAUCAAUAUAGGUGGAGAUUUUUAUUUCCGUGCCGAUACAAAUUUCAAGUACGCUUGAUUAAGAUAUGAUGAAAAUACAUACAAGUUUGAUACUUCGUGUAAUAUGUAAGACGUACGUCAAUUUUUCUUUUGCGCGGUGACUCCUACAAUAAAAUUAAAUAAAACCACGUUUCAACAAUGCAAAAAAAA